GGAGACACCGCUAGAAAUUGUCAGCCCUCUACAGAUCGCUGCCCUUGAAAGGAAGUCCUCAGGAAAACAGCGAGUCACUUCUUGAAGACAAGUGUUUGUAGGGGAAAGAAGAUUCUUUGAGUCAACACAUUUGUACUUCAGCACCUGAACAUCGUGUGUAGUCGUCUGGCUGCUGCCUACCUAUUUCUAUGCGUAGAGACUGUCUAUCCAUCGCCUUUCCUCAUUCAUCUCUUCCUCCCUCAUUUCCCCCUUCCACAAUGAAGUAUUAUUACCCAGACUCACGUCCCAGAUACAGGCGAUACACAAGAGGCCUAAAGACUGUCCGUUUCCCCAAUGACAUUCUUUUCCAAGACCACAUUCGGCAGGGUGACCUGGAACAGGUAGGGCGCUUCAUCCGUGCCAGAAAAGUCACCUUGGAUACCAUCUAUCCUUCUGGUAUGGCAGCUCUCCAUGAGGCGGUGCUCUCUGGGAACCUUGACUGUGUGAAGCUCUUGGUGAAAUAUGGUGCUGACAUCAAUCAGAAAGAUGAGGACGGCUGGACGCCCCUGCAUAUAGCUUGCAGUGACGGUCAUGCUGACAUUGCAAGGUACCUCAUCUCACUUGGGGCCCAGUGUGAUGCUACUAAUGAUGAAGGGGAAAAGCCAUCUGACCUUAUUGAUCCAGAGUACAAGGACCUUGUGGAGCUUUUCAAGGCAGCGCGAGUGGAUUAAGCUAUCUCCCAGCGGUUUCCCCAUAUGGAGUCUGCCUCUGUGGCAUGUUGCCACAUUGGUUUAUGCAGGAAGGAGACUAACAAAGUUUCCCAUGCUAGGUUGGCAAGGGGAAUGUAUGGGCCCUCUAAAGAGACCACAGUUUGGCUGUAAUGUGUAUAUAUAUGUGAUUGGCUACUAUGGGGCUUCUUGGAGAGCAAUGCUUGGGAUAGCUCAUUUGGAAAGCAUUGUAACCUUCUCUAUCAUGGCCUAUUACCCAGUACCUGCUGGGAUCCAGGCUUUAGACAAAAUGGAUAUAAUGGCUGGGACAAAUAUAUGGCAUUAUUAUAUAAGGUGUUCACAAAGGUAAUUAUGACUUGAACUGUAUACCAUUUUGUGCAAGAACAGAUCUUUCCAGUUCAUAUCUGUCAAUGACUGUGACUUUAACCAUGCUAUCUCAGCAACAUUCAAUAUAUUUUUCCUGAAGAAUCCUUAUAAAAUUGUUCUAAAGAGAAGAGAAGAUGCCACAACUUCAAGUUGGCAUCUCUGCUGUAUAUAUGGACUCUAAAAAUGUUGUGUAUAAAAUCUUAUCUCCAAUAUUUGCUCAUCCUACAUUUGCUUUUCUACUGUAAUUUUUUAAAAUGUGGUUUUGAAAAGCUUUAUAUUUUUUCAAUAAAGAA